AUGAAUUCAUCCUCUCCUCCACCUCCACAUGUCUUGGCCGCAUUUAACCUACCGGAAACUCCUCAGCAGCUGCCUGGUGGCCAGGGCCAGAGCUACCAGGUCGCAAACGCCGUCCUGAAGCCCGUAGACGAACGCCAGGAAGCCGAAUACGUUAGCAGACUCCAGCACAAACUGCGGCGCAACGGUGACAAGACACCCGGAUACCGGCUCGCCGAGCCAAUCCCCGCCACCGGCCCGGGUCAGCCCUGCGAAUACGUCGUCGACGGAUGGGCUGCCACGGUGCUCGUACCCGGCUGCGCUGGGCCCAGCGGGCUGGAGGGCCGGUGGAACCGCGUCUUGCACGCUGGACGAGUUUUCCAUGGAGACCUGGCGACGAUGGUGCGGGAGCCGCCGCCCUUCAUCGCCGCCAGGAGCCAUAGGUGGGCGAGGGGUGACCGGAUCGCCUGGGACGAAGAGCAGCCCGCGGAGGACGGCGUUCAGAUUGUGCCUGAGUUCGAAGAGGCGUUCAACGGGCUGCUUCAGCUCCGGAGACCGAUCGCCGCGGAAAACACCAAAUGUCAGCUUGUCCACGGUGAUCUGGCGGGCAAUGUUCUCUUCCCGGUAUCUGGUGGGGACAGCGCGUCGUCGCCAACUAUCAUUGAUCUAUCGCUGUACUGGCGGCCUGUUGAGUAUGCCGAAGCGAUCGUUGUCGCUGACGGUCUGAUCUGGCAUGGUGAGGGGGAGAAUCUGCUCCGCGUGUUGGGAACCGAUGCUUUUCGAUUGCAGAUGCUCGUGAGAGCGUUGAUAUUCCGCCUCGUUGCUUCGAGCGAAGCCCUGAGACAGGGCCAUGGUUUGGUAGAUGAUGAUGAGCCGAAAGCUUUUGUGAGGGCCGUCAGGCUUGUCGCGCAGCUUCUGGAGCACGACUUAACUACAUAG